AUGGUGCGUAAAGUCGUUCUCCAGGAAACCACCUUCAGCAAUAGCAACAGUAAAAUGAGCGACGCCAGCACUGUUAUCCAAAACACACUGCCCGGUGACACUUCCGCAGACCCGUUUGUUUCUACAUCUGCUUCGCUGCUCCUCAACAACAGCGACGAAGAUGCUGCGCUGCAAGUUUUCGCAGAGCUGCUGGACUUUAUCAACACUGAAGGGAUCGCUUCAUUAGCCGCUGAUCGUGCAGCUGCUCAGCGGCAACGAUGGCGGAGUGCUCUCUCGACACUCUCCUCCUCUGUCCCCCUUAAUGGAAUGAUCGCUGAGACCCUGCUUGAACGGGUCAACGCUGCAUUUGCCGUACACAUUCGUGCAUUCCAAGACGCGUUGCAGCAGCGACAGGCACACCGGAGGAGCGGCAGCGCUAAGCAAUUGACUGGCGCGGUGGUAGGUCCUGCCUUGGCGGCGUUAUGCACAUCGUACGACCACAUCUUUCCCCUCCUGCAGGAGUGGUGUGAUGUGCUGCGCGUCCCGGGCGUUGCCUCGUUCUUUUCUGUCCACGUGCGCUGUGCGUUGCUUCAGGCCGACUUAAUUUCCGGCGAAGAGCCGCGUCGAAAGCGAGCCUUCUUUGCUUUUCUACGGCAGCACGGCCACGCACUGUUGAGUCGCGACCCGUGCCGCAGCGGCAGCAGCAGCAGUUCUCGUGGCGCCGAGGAGGACAAGAGUGAUGUUCAAGAAGGCAGAGAAAAGUCUGUGACCGGGUUUACAAGCUACUCUGCCAUGGAUCCAGUCAUCGCCUGCCUACACCGCCUCACGCUGAGUCAGUCCACUGAGGUGAAGCAGCUGUGGCGGUCCGUGCUGGAGGCGCGCAUCCGUGAAAAACUGAGCGACCUGUCCGACGACUUCUCAACGCACUUUUUGCAGGAAAACAUGCUGUGGCUGGAGCAAUGCGUGAUGCCGUUUGGUGCCAUGGUGCUCGGUGUGAGGGAAAACGCCGACGCGCUCGCCACCUCGCACGAGCGCAAGACGGACACUGGUGGUGCAGACUCGGCAACGGCGGAGUACGCCGGUACCGACGACGCGUUGCCCGCCGCGGCGCACGCGGAGCGGGAGGCCUGGUGCGCAGAUAUGCGGAAGCUUUUCUUGCACAGCUACGCUCGACGUCGUCUCGACAGCUUCUGGGAGAUCUUGUCUGAUUACCCCGAUUCCGUUCCGGCGCUGGAGGACAUGCAGUACUGUCUUCAGGCCAACCCAGAGAGCGGCCUCAAGACCGAGCUCAUCCACACCGUGCGGCAUCUCCUCUCCUCCCGCUUGCACCGCGCCGGCACCCGCACCGAGGAUAUUUUGGCCAUUCUCAUCAACACCAUUCACGCCUUUUGCGUGCUUUUCCCGCGCAAUGAACAAGACAACGUCGUGUUUGACGUCAUCGCCAACACCUUAGAGCACCUGCGCCGGCGCAAAGACUGCGUGGCGGCCAUCGUACAGGCCGUGAUGCAGCCGAACGGCGUGAUGAAUGCCGCUGCCGCACGACCACCACCACCGCCGCCGCCGACCAUGUCGAAAUUCGAUGGGGAGCUCAACCGUCAUAGUGCCGGCGGUGAUGGGGUCGGAGAUGCGAUGGACUUCCUUGACAGCCUGCACGACCGGAUGGCGGGGGGUCGGGAAGAGGAGUUGUACCGCACGAACUCCCGUGACCGGCCGGACGUGUUGCGCGUGUUGCUCACCUCCAUUCACCGUCGUGCGUUGGUCGAAGAGUACCAGCACGUGCUGGCGGAGCAGCUCCUGCAGAAGCCCAUGCACGAGUUCGACACCACGCCCGAGGAGGAGGUGUUGGAGCGGCUAAAGCAGGUCUUCGGCGAGACGGUGCUCGACAAGUGCUCCGUGAUGGUGCGCGACAUGCAGAUGUCACGGCGUGUGACGCAGCAGCUGCGGGAGCAACUCGCUCGUCGACGCGGCGCCGCCGGUCCGCAGGGGGACGCAUUGCGGUCUCGUACACUGCCCUCUCCGAUUGUUUCGCCGGCGGCGGCGGUGGUGCCCUCCCCCAGUGUGUCGGUGCUGUCCAUGACAACGUGGCCGCCUCUCGCGCGCUGCGCCGCACUUCCGGCGGGUGGGGUGGCGGGCAACACCGGUGCUGCCCAGGCCGCGCCCCCCGUCAAGUAUCGCCCCCACCCCUCCCUGCAAGGUGAGAUGGACCUCCUCGCGGAGGCGUACAAGAAGCUGAAGGACAACCAGCGAUUGGCGUGGCUGCCUUCGCUUGGGCGGGUGGAGCUGGAGCUGAUGCAGCGAGAUGCGGCCAGAGGAGGUGCACUAGUGACGGUCACGCAGGUGCUAUCCUUAUUCGACGCCUCUGUCGUCUUAUUUGUGAAGGAGAUGGCCAACGGUCGCCAACGUGGUGAGGGCGAUCGUCACGCCGAAGGUGCUGUCCCUGCAGUUGCGUUAAGCGAAGUGGCGCGUGCGCUGGAGAUCACCAGCGACGAACUCCGCCCACACGUGCAGCGCCUCUCUCCUGCGGUGUUGGUGAUGCCGACUACUGCGACAGUGGACAUGCAGCGGAGUGUGGCUGCCUUGUCUGACUUUGUGUUUAUGGAGGACAAGGCGACGAGCGAGGCGGAGGCCAAGCCGGCCGGCUUACCACCGGAGCGGGUGAAGCUGAUGGAGCGCAUGGUCACCUCGCUCCUCAAAACUCGUGGUCCACAAGCCGGGACUGCGAUUCACAACAGCGUGAAGCUGCUGGCGAAGUUCGAGGGCACCAACGCGGACUUGCUAGAGCUGCUGCAGUCUUUCGUCAAACGAGGCCUCAUUGUUUUAAAUGACGCGAAGCUCUACGCCCUUCCGCCCAAGUAG